UGUCAUAUUUAAAAUAACACGAUUAUAAUAGAUACAUGUCUGUUUACAGAUUCCCCACUGUUUAGCACCAUGUCACCUAAGGUGGGGAGGAUAAUUCUGCGAAUGUUUCACUGCGAGCAGUGAAGAGCAAAAUACAGGACUCUGCUUUUGGUUUUCACACGGUUUGAUCCGACUGUCAUGAUUUUAUCAUGAUCAUCUCAUUGUGACAUUAUCAUUAUGACUAUCAGUCUAUGGUCUUUUUUUUGUGUGUGUGACAUGUUAUCCCAUAUGCCAUGAUUAGAUUAGGCCCUUCAGACUUGUCACGAGAAGUGUUCUUUUCAUUUCUUCCUGUUGCCAUUUUUUGACGUUUUUCUAUGUGAUGUACUCGGCUGGUGUUAACUGUUCUAGAACAUAGGCUAUGGAAUUAAAUUUUUAAAAAAUAAAACAAAAUUAUGGCGACGACACAGUACACUGGACCAGUUUGAAUCAUUUACACACAUGCAGCUCCUUUUGGCCUGAUCGAGAAUGAAAUGUUUCCUAUAUGGCCCGACUAAACCUGUUUGACUUCAUUGAUGGCGUCUUAGCCCCUUCGAUGCCCGGGAUGUAUUUUGAGUCGAGCAUUAGUGAGUACGAGGUGGUGGAAAACUCACAGGAUUUUAAGCUCAUGAGGCAGGCAGACGGCAUUCUGCACGACUUGAGACAGCGAUUUGAUCCCGGAGAACUGCACAGAGAUCUCGUACAUCUGGGCACCCUCUUUCCACAUGAUCAUGUCAGAAAGUAUUUGGAGGAAAACCAUGUCCAUCUGUCUGUGCUGGCUGUCAUGCAACAUUUUCCGUUGUCACUGGGCAUUCAGCAGACGGGCUUUAAGCUGUUGAGUUUGUUUGCAACAAAGAGUUUGGUGUUGAGGAAGAACAUGUCAGACUUCGACCUGUACACAUUUUUAUUGAGAAUACUGACAAAAAACCUUUCUGACACCACCAUACAGGAAUCGGGCAUGAAUAUUCUUUUCUAUGUACUAGCAUCAGAUGUUCUUCAGAUGCAGCUGUCUCGUGAAGACAAGUCUUGCGUCCUGGGGGUGAUUAUAAACACAGUCAGUAUGUUCAGAGAUAACAGUGUCGUGUUGCUGACUGCUCUGUCUGCUCUCAACACUUUACUAAAGAAAGAUUGUGUACAAGAUAUGUUUGUCCAGCAGCAUAUUGCCAUCAUCCUGGAAUGCUUUGACGCAAACAAAGACAAACCGAAGAUUGCGUUGGGAAUUCUGAACAUUCUGCAAGAUGUUGCAGUUAAUGUUUCUCUGCAGAAAGAACUCAUAGACAAUGGCAUCCAUAUUAAAGUGUUUUCUUAUGUAGAGCAAGCUGACGUCCAAACUUUGUCACCUUGUCUCAACAUUCUGCUUACUCUUAAUGAACAUGUUCCUGCUGCUCUGUCAAACAUUCUGGAGCACCUGGUUCUACAGUGUCUGAUCCCGCGGCUACUGACUCAUUCAAAAGUAGAGGACGUGCAGGUGUCCGGAUUAAGAAUGUUUCACGCAGCAGCAGCUCCAGUAUUACAGAAUGAAUGCACAAGUGCAGAAACGGCUCUUGGGUGGUUAAAGGUCAUAUAUACAGCCAUGCACAAACACAUGGACAAGCCUAGAAUCCAGACCAUUGCAUGUGAAUGUUUGUCAAGAAUACUGGUCUACCAGUCUGAUGCCUGCAGGUGGAUUGGAGAUGGUGCAAAUCCUAAAGCUGAUCCACUACAUACUGUCUGUUUGGGAGUGAUCAUUAUGUACAGACGAGACCCGGAAGUUUUCACUGCCGCUGCUGAUGCCAUAUACCACCUAGCAGCUGAUAAUGAUCGUUUGUGCAAGAAUUUGAUGGAGAAGAAUGCCCACAUUGCGUUGAUCGGAGGGCUGACGUACCACCUGAAGAAGUACUGCCAUGCUCCUUCUACCGACAUCUUCGCGUCUGCUCUAGCAGCCGGCUGUCGUGCACUCCGAGGACUCAUUAUCUUUCAUGAUGAUCACAAGCUGUCUGUGGGUGAACAGGAGGAGAUUCCCAAGCUGUUGUCGAUGGUGCUCAAGGAAUGUCCAGAUGAAGAGACCGUACAGUGUGAGGCCAUCAGCACACUGGCCUGUCUGGCAGACAUUGAUACAAUUCAGCACCUGUGUUUCAUUGAAGGAGUGCACUAUCAUGUUAUUGAAGCUUUCACACAUUUCCCUGACAACGCCAUUCUGCAGGAAGCAGCCAUCGAGGCACUGGCUGUUCUAGGAGGAGCAGCAAGUGGUGCAAUGAUUCUAAAUGAUAUUGGAGCUACCGGCAUUGUUCUUCAGGUGCUUAAGAAGUUUCCAGAUAAUAUCAAUAUCCAGAAGAAAGGUCUGAUGGCUGUACAGAUUCUGGCAGAGAAGAGACUGGUGGAGACGAAGAAACUCUGUGAAGACUUGACCGAUGCCAUCAGCUCCGUGAUGACCGGUCACAGGAGCACAGUCAGCAUUCUGAGAGAGGCCGUUGUUGCCAUGAACAUCCUGGCAGAGAAAAGCCACCUGAUGAGUGAGGUGCUCAUUGAACGGGGAUGUCACGAGAUUCUCUUUCAGAUUCUUGAGACGUACGAUGAAAACCAAGGGUUGCAUGACCUUGCCAGUGAGUGUUUGUAUGUGAUUGGUUGUGUCCAGAACCUCAAGUCCAGAAUGCUGCUGUCUGCAUGCGAUAAAGGAUAUCUCGCUGGUGUUGAAUGUUUGGUAGAGAUUGGUGCGGACAUCAACAUUGGCCAGGGGCACACAACUCCACUGUUUUUCGCAGUCAAGAAUAAAGAUGACAAUAUGGUGAAAUUUCUACUCCAACAGGAGGUCCGAGACCUGCAGACCUCAUUACAGCUGAGUCUGAAACAAGAGACUCACAUCAUCACCGGGAUGUUGCUGUCCAAGAUUGGCCAGGAUAAACAAGGUGGAACUGUUUUGUGGGGUGGUUUUGGUUUAGGAGAUUUACAGCCAGAAUGGUUUCUACAGGCACUGACUACCCAGAUCACGUCACAUUCAACGUCUCGAGCUGGCCUACAUCUCGUAGAGAAACUGAAGAAGGGAGGCGAAAUGAGAAAAUCUCGAAUUAGUUACUCACCCAGUGACUCUCAGAUUGAACUCUCCAAGCACUGUAAUUUCCGAUUCCGACGAUGUAGCAGUGAUACCUCAGGCAAACUGACAUAUUCACAAGAAAAACAAGGACUAACUUUCUCGUGGACAUCAAGACAAAACAGUGACAGCAGGUCAAGAAAGGUAAUUCAAAAUCAAAAGACAAAAGCUUUGAAAGUUUCCUACAACGGCAAGUCUAGCCCUGACUCUGAUGUACCAUCUACGUACUGUCCAGCUAGCUGGGACUAUCAGGAAACAAAAUCACCUGAGAAUCAAAACAGCGGUGAAGAUGACUCUGACUCUGUGUUUGAUCACACCCUGGACGAGUGGGAGGAAUGGAAACAGAACACACUGACUGGAGCCAACAUUCCGUUCAGUCCGUCCGACCCACGGAAACUGCAGUCUGGUGCUACAUACCACCAUUACACUAACAAAACCUGGCUAAGAAAAUAUUCUCUUCAGUCUUCAACUGAUGGUCAAGAACAGUUAUCACUAAGUGGUUCAAUAUCACUGAGCCAACCCAAUCCAGCAGAUGUAGUGCCAAGUUCUCCCCACACCAACACUUCAGCUCACAGGCACACAGACUCUGAAAUUAUCAGAAUUGGUGAUCCUUUGUUUUCUCCUGACUAUGGACUAACUUCCAGCUAUAACCGAGAAAGUGUCUCCAGUGAUACGGACUUUGAAAUCAGCCAGGAUUCAUUCCUCAGUUCGUCUAGGACAAAUCGCAGCUUAUCAUCAUCACAACAGUCCCAGCAUUCCGAGUUUUUGAUCACAUAUCUGGAUGUCUCAGCCAAUCAGAUUGAGAGUUUGGACAAUCUGGCUGGGACAAGGCCAUCUUUUAUGGAGCAUUUCUCUGCCCUGGAAAGACUGGAUUUGCACAACAACAACUUACAGUCCUUACCAGAUGGAAUCUUUGAGUAUUUACCUAAACUACAGAACUUGAUCUUGCGUGAAAAUCGCCUUGCUGCCUUCCCCCGUGAGGUGAUGGUUUGUCCAAUGCUGCAUUCACUUGAUAUCUCUAGCAACAAGAUAUCUCAUAUUGGGAAAGUAGAUUUUGGAACUGUUUCACACAGUCUGCGUCGACUGGACUUGGAUUCCAAUGGAAUCAUGAAAUUUCCAAGUGUCUUGCAUACUGUGAUGCCAGAUUUAGAGCACCUUUCCCUUGCAAAGAAUAACUUGAAAUCACUUGAGGGGUGUUCUCUGAAACUGCCAAAGUUGAAGGAGUUGAUCCUGUCCCACAAUGAAAUUGAGUCGAUUCCAGACAGUUUCCUAUCUACUUGUCAAAAACUGGAAACCCUGGAGGCCCUCAACAACAAGCUAACAUGCCUUCCACACAAAGAGGUGUCCAAAUGCUUGCCAAGACUGUACACAUUGAAACUGAGCACAAACCUGCUUACAGAAAAGGCUCCAUUUUAUAUUCCAAAAUUUAUUUUGGAACUUCCAAGUUUACGGACUGUGGAUCUGUCUGAUAACAUCUUGGAUGGGUUGCCUCCCCCUGCCAUGUGGAAGUCGCAGAUACUAAAAAAUAUCAUGGUAUCUCGAAAUAAGAUAUCAAAGCUGAAUUUGGAUGGAGUCAAAUCGUGGGCCAAAGUGGAAAAGUUCCAUAUUAAAGCUAAUAAACUCACAGAGCUGCCAAAAGACAUUGGUCACAUGAGCUCCUUGGAGUCGUUUGAUAUCAGCCACAACAAGAUGCUGACAACUUUACCAGAUGAGCUGGGGCGGUGCUCCAAGAUUUGGGAAAUGCCUCUGGAUGGUCUGAAUCUGGAUCUUGAUGACAGCUUGUUGAAGGGCAACAAAUCAGACUUGAUAAUGUACCUCCAUAACAGACUGAAAAAAGCUCGACCCUACUACCGCAUUAAGCUGAUGGUCAUUGGUUAUGGAGGCCGAGGCAAGUCGACUCUGUUACAAGCUUUGAGGAAGCCCAAACAGAAGCAGCAGCCUGAGCUAACUGUUGGCGUUAUUGUCGAGGACUGGAAAUACGAGAGAUCACAUUCUGGUAAAACAGUCCUUUACACAGUGAGCACGUGGGACUUUGCCGGGCAGGAGGAAUUCUACAGCACACACCAGUGUUUUCUGUCUAACAGGGCCGUCUAUCUGGUUGUGUAUGACAUCACCAAAGGUCCUGGAGAGAUUGACUUGCUCAAGCGAUGGCUGUCAAAUAUUUUCUCCCGAGUUCCUGGGUGUCCAGUUAUUGUGGUGGGCACACACUAUGACCAGCUGACCCAAGAAAUGUGUGAUGAGUAUGUGCCACAGAUCAAAGAAAAACUGUACGAUUUGAUGCAAAAACCAGGAUUUCCAGAGAUCAAAUGGUCAACUGAGGUGGACUGCACGUGUGAGAACCCAGAGGUGAAGCAACUGAGAUCGGUGGUGAAGGAAAUCAUUGAUGACUACCGUAUUAAAGGACAACCUGUGAUGGGCCAGAAAAGACCGGCUAGUUAUGUUAGACUUGCCGAGUUACUGUCAAGAGAAGUGGAACGUCAGAUGUAUCCUGUGAUUAAGCAUCCCGAACUGAAGCAGAUGGUCAAAGAUGAAAGACUUGAUCUUGAAGAAGACGAAGAACUACACCAGGCUGUUCGGUUCCUACACGAGGGAGGAGUUCUGCUACACUACAAUGAGACUGCCUUGAUGCUGCGUAACUUCUACUUCAUUGAUCCAGGAUGGCUGUGUCAAAUGAUGGCUAAAUUUGUCACCAUCCCCAUGAAAAAUCCUUUCAUCAGUCCUGACGGGACCAUGGAGAAGAAAUCUGUAAAAAAGCUUUUUGAAGACAAAACCUUUCCGUUGGAACUGAUAGACCAGUAUCUGAGACUACUUGAAAAAUUCGAGAUUGCUUUGCCGAGAAACGACACCCAACUAUUGAUUCCCUGCAGAUUUCCCAUAGAGAAACCUUGUUUUACUGUGCCAAACUUGGAAAAGAUUCAUCGUUUUUAUUCCAUGCCGUACUCUCCGCUGGGGUUCUGGUCUAGACUCAUCGCCAGACUAAUUGUCUUCUCAAAGAGCCAUGUAACAGAGACCUGGCUGUCUCUCAGUAGUGAGCCGUCGAUGGAGUACUGGAGGGAGGGAAUCUUCGUGCUGUGGUCUGAGAAAGCUUUCUUUCUGGUGGACAAUAACAUAAAGGUGGACAGUGAGGAUCUCCAUAUCAUGGUCCCAGCCACUCUGCCAGGCUACCAGUUGCUGGGAUUCCUUGUUGACCAUCUGGAUGCCCUGAUAGAUGAAUGGUACCCUGGGCUGACAACCCUGGACCCACUGAAGGGGCGAGAGCUGUUGGAUAAAUAUGUUCCCUGUAUCCGAUGUGAUAGUUCCAGUCCACACGAGUUUCAGUUUCAUGAUUUGUUAAACCAGUCUGAUAUGGAGAACACAGAUGAUGUAAUUCGCUGUCCUGUACACGGAGGAGACGUCUUACUGGCUGAACUGGCCCCAGACAUCAUGCUUCUUGACGUAGAAGAGAGAUUUAGGAUGAAUGUGGAUGAACUUGAAUUUAAUGCAAGUCCGGAGAACCUGUUGGGUGAUGGAGGAUUUGGAAGUGUUUACCGUGCCAUCUACAAAAAUCAGGUUGUUGCAGCAAAGGUGUUCAACCCACUUGGCGAUGUCCACCCCCACAAACUGCUACGGCAGGAGGCCACAGUGCUGCGUCGCCUCCAACACCCGAGUGUUAUCUCACUUCUUGCCGUCGGCCUGCGACCUUGCAGAAUUGUCGUACUCGAAUUCGCUUCUCUCGGAACUUUGACUCAGAUUUUGAAAUCAGAGAAAAAUCUGAGCAAGGUACUGCAACACAGAAUAGCACUACAGAUUGCCGAGGGACUGGAAUAUCUUCACGCUCUGAUGAUUGUUUUCCGUGACCUCAAACCAGACAACAUCCUCAUGUUCAGCUUGUCACCCAGUGAUCUGAUCAAUGCCAAGAUAUCGGACUAUGGAAUCUCACAGUUCACCACACUGUAUGGUCUGACGGCUCAAGAGGGAACGCCAGCGUACAGGGCACCUGAAGUUAUUCGCCGAGAAACCUAUUCUUUUCAGGCCGAUGUGUUUGCGUUUGGGAUUCUGCUGUACAUCUUACUCACGGGAGGCUGUCACCCUCACGAGGAACUCAAGUCAAGAAGUGACAUGGAUCGGGCAUUUGCUGAUAAUUCUCCAAUUCAACUGAUCACUCAACGUGGAAAACCUCCAUGGCCAGACAUGCAUGAUUUGGUGAGGCAGUGUUUGCAUCAAAUACCAGAUGAUAGACCCAAGACUGAUGAGAUUGUGCAGCGACUGCGAUCAGCUGAACUGUUUAGUUUGAAACAGUGGUACCCCAUUUCAGUCGGGACAACCGUUGAGUGCAUGACAUACCAGAUGUGUGAGAACGACUUGACAAAAGUGUGGGUUGCCAGUGGGAAUAACGAACACAUGGAGUUGAGUCGGUUAAAUCUCCAGACUCACUGUGGCUGUGUGGACCUACAACACAAACUGCAGGCAGCCUGGAAGACGUCCGCCAGUCCAGUUGGUCGUUCUCUAGGUGAAGGUCGCAUUCUGAGUAUUUUGUCUGUGGACAGUGAGCACGUUCUGCUCGGUACACAGAUGGGGAAAAUCUCCGUGUUCGACACGGCCAAGUUCGAGGUCAUUCACUCGACGAUACAGCUGGGCGACUCAGUCAUUUCUCUACAUCUAUGUCCCAGACAAGAUGAUCCUAUGGUCCUAGGAGGCCUAGCAAAUGGAGUCCUGGUGUUUUAUCCACUGUCAGAACUUCUGCAGAAACCAGUUCAUUACCCCCUGUGUUUGAACCUGGGGAGCAAGCACGAGCCCAUCAGGUGUAUGGUACAAAUGAAGAACAAAGUCCUUGCAUCAUGCGGCACUCGCAUCUUCAUCCUCAACACCAAACACGGCCUUGCUAUUGAGAACAUCUGUGACACAGUUGACAAUGGUGAUAUACAGAUGGCUGUACCAAUCUGCACGAUGGCAGCAGGACGUCACAUAUUCUUGUCUCACAUACGAUCACCCACGCUGCAAGUGUGGGACAUCUACAAACAGCGCAAACACGACGAGUGCAACAUUGCACAGCUGUUCAACAUUGACAAGAAUCAAGCAAGAAUCACAGCUAUUUUGCUACAUGAAAGCCGAGCAUUAUGGGUAGGAACCGGCGGUGGUCACGUGGUUAUCCUGGAAUCUGCGACUCUUGCUCCUGUGAUUGUUACGUCUCGUCACACCUCAAGUGUUCGUGGUUUAAUGUGUAUCAUACCAUCAUGUCGUACCGCUACCUCUGUUGUUCUUAGCUGUGGUCUAGGAUUCAAAAAUGGACAUGAUGAAACGAAAGAUUGUAUAUUUGUCCGUCCAGGUUCACAAUACGGAUGUGUUGCAGUGUGGGAUGCAGAUUUUCCACAGCUAGUAAAGAGUUUCAAAGAAGAUGUCAAAAAACGACAGGAAUUGGCAAAUAGUGUUCCAUAAUCUUGUUCUUAAAAUGAACACACUUGUUAAAACCACACACUCGGGGAACAUUUUGUUUUAAAAAUCUUGAUUAGCAAUAUUUCUAGUCAACUGAAAAUUGAUUAGUAACUACUGUGUAAUGUUUUAACAUUGUGUUGUAAAUCACAACGCGAUACUGAACAAAAUGUUCCCUGACACUGGAUCACAAUGUGAAUGAAAUGGAUAAUACAAAUCCAUUUAUUUUGUGUGUGUGUGUAUGUGUGUCUAUAUAUACACACAUGUAUAUGUUUGACAUCCAUGAGAUGUUCUUUACAUGUACAUGCACUGUUAUUUAAUCAAAUUAAUGGGUAAUUAAUAAUACUCACUACCAUUACAUAUCAUGUUUAUUCCCUCGUAAAAUAAACUACAUGACAUGUUAUCGACAUUAUGUUUUUGCUGUACGUCGUCAUGUUUGUUAUGGAGCAGUCUGGUGUUAUGAAUGUCAUCAUGUUCAUUUUAUUAUUGAUCAUUCAUUGUUAAAUAAAUGUGUAUUUUGUUCUAUGAAUCACUUAAAAAAAAAAAAAAAAAAAUACAUGAUAUACCAGUACUGCUAUGAAUAAUCAAGUAUACUGCUGUGGAUAAUUGAGUAUCCAGCUAUGGAUAAUUAAGUAUCCUGCUAUGGAUAAUUGAGUAUACUGCUAUGGAUAAUUAAGUAUACUGUUACAGAUAAUUGAGUAUCCUGCUAUGAAAAAUCAAGUAUGGUGCUAUGGAUAAUCAAGUAUACUGCUAUGGAUAAUCAAAUAUCCUGCUAUGGAUAAUCAAGUAGGUGCUGUGUAUUUUAAUUUAAUCUGCAGUCACUCUAUAUAUUAGCAAGAGACAUAUCUAGAUGUACUUUUAUCCUAGUUAUUGUACGUGUAAUCGGCAAAGGAAGGUUGAAAUUUGAACCUACAACAUAACAAUCCAAUGUUAAAAUAUAAAAAUAAUGAAUAACUUUAAUAUUACAGCAAAAUAAUGAAUAACUUUAAUAAUAACAAACUAAUCAAUAACUUUAUUUAAUACUAGAAAAUAUAUUAUUUGAAUAAGAACUAUUUUAUUUUGGUGUAUAGAUAUUCUAGGUAACAAGGUUAUAUGUCACAAGAUAGUCAAUAAGCAUAUACAUAUAUAUAUAUACACACUGUAUAUACCUACUGGGUACUACUCUAUGAAAAGGGUAAAGGUGUAGAAUAAAACAAUCCUUUUAUUGUUUAUUUAUAUAAUACUGUUAUAUUUGUGGACCCAUUAGGCUAUUUCUCAUACCAGCCAUUGCUCCAUAACUGAUGUAACAAUUAUUUAUAAUCAAAUAUAGUGCUACGAAUUUUGAAGUAUCGUUCUAUGGUAUACUACAAUGGAUUAUGAUGCAUACUACUGUGGAUCACCAUGCAUACUGCUAUGGAUUUUCGUGUAUAGUGCUGUGAAUUUUAAUGUAGAGUGCUAUGGAUUUUCAUGUAUAGUGCUAUGGAUUUUUGUGUAUAGUGCUAUGGAUUUUCAUAUAUAGUGCUAUGGAUUUUCAUGUAUAGUGCUAUGGAUUUUCAUAUAUAGUGCUAUGGAUUUCCGUGUAUAGUGCUAUGGAUUUUUGUGUAUAGUUCUAUGGAUUUUCAUGGAUAGUGCUAUGGAUUUUCAUGUAUAGUGCUAUGGAUUUUCAUGUAUAGUGCUAUGGAUUACAAUUGUGUAUCAUUAUGCAAUAUAUUUUUACAUCAUGAUGUAUACUGUUAUGGAUCGUGCUUAAUUACAUAUAAUCAUGUGUGUUUCUAUGGAUCAUGUUUAACUGCACAUGCAUGUAUCUCAGCUAUCUGUCAUUAUGUAGUUAAAUACUAUCAUGUAUUCUGUUAAUUGUGUUUAGUACACCAGGUAUACUGAUACAGAUAACCAUAUUUUCAUGCAUAUGAUAUAUACUGACAUAGGUCACAAUCUCUGGGUACAUAUCAUAUUUAUGGGUUAUAAAUGUUUUCUUAUAUAGUAAUGUGUAUACCAAUAUGGGUUAUAAUAUUUAUUUACUUAUCAUGCAUACUAACACUCAUUAUGAUGUUUUUGUUACAUAUCAUAUAUAUAGAAUACUAAACGAUCUUGCCUGUCAUGCCAUUUUUAUGAAAUGAGCGAAGUGUUGGUAUUUGACAAGCAAAAUCAAUACCAACACUGUUCACGUGUUUCAUAAAAAUGGUAUGACAGGCAAGCUAGUUUAAUAUUUUAUUUAUUACAAACCAACUGCAAACAAGCCACAACAACAAAGUAAGCAGAUGUCGAGACCUACU